AUGGAAAACUCCACCUGGGUAGCCAACCACACUGGACAGUUGGAGUUCAUCCUUCAGGGACUCUUCGGUCAAUCCAAGCACCCAGCUCUCCUUUGCACAGUCAUUUUUGUGAUUUUCCUGAUGGCCUUAUCUGGGAACAGCAUCCUGAUUUUUCUGAUUCAUUCUAAUGCCCAUCUUCACACCCCCAUGUACUUUUUCAUCAGCCAAUUGUCUCUCAUGGAUGUGAUGUACAUUUCUGUCACUGUGCCCAAGAUGCUCAUGGACCAGGUCAUGGGCAUGAAUAAGAUCUCAGUCCCUGAAUGUGGAAUGCAGAUAUUUUUCUAUUUGACUCUAGUAGGUUCAGAAUUUUUCCUUCUGGCAACUAUGGCCUAUGACCGCUAUGUGGCCAUUUGCCAUCCACUCCAUUAUUCUACUCUCAUGAAUCAUAAGGGGUGUCUCCUAUUGGUGUUCGGCUGCUGGUUCCUAGGACUGGUGGAUGGCUUUAUGCUCACACCCAUCACCAUGACCUUCCCCUUCUGCAGAUCCUGGGAGAUCCAUCAUUUCUUCUGUGAGGUCCCUGCUGUAAUGAAGCUUUCCUGCUCAGACACAUCCAUCUAUGAGACACUCAUGUACCUGUGUUGUAUCCUCAUGCUCCUCAUCCCUUUCACAAUCAUUUCAAGCUCCUACUCUUUCAUCCUCCUCACCAUCCACAGAAUGAAUUCAGCAGAGGGUCAGAAGAAGGCCUUUAUGACUUGCUCUUCCCACAUGACUGUGGUCAUCCUCUUCUAUGGGGCUGCCAUCUACACCUACAUGCUCCCUACCUCCUACCACACUCCUGAGAAAGACAUGGUUGUAUCUGUUUUAUACACCAUACUCACUCCUGUGUUAAACCCUUUAAUCUAUAGUUUUAGGAAUAAGGAUGUUACAGGGGCUUUAAAGAAAAUGUUCAAUGGGGGAGUUAUCUUUCAACGUACUAUGAAGUAA